CAGGUUUGUAAUAUGAUUCUAGCUAAACCACUUCAAAUUAAGCAAAGGAUGGAUCUAUUUUCUAUGCUCGUAUUGCUACAGAAAUGGGUUGGAGAACAAUCAAAAUGUUAUUCAAACAUUCAUUUAUUUCUUAUCUCAGUUCCUGUGCUUUUAAUCUCGUUUCUCUUCCUGUUUAAGAUCCAUAGAGUUUGGUCACCAACAAAACAGUCCCAUGUUCAUAAUCUACUACCCUCUCCACCAAGGUUUCCGAUUAUUGGGAACCUUCAUCAGCUAGGUACUGUAGCUCAUAGAUCCAUCCGAGAUCUUUCUCAAAGGUACGGCCCCUUAAUGUUCUUGUACUUGGGUCAAUCACCAACUCUCGUAGUCUCAUCUGUAGAAAUGGCUAAAGAGAUAAUGAAAAGCCAAGAUCUUAUUUUCGCAAACAGGACUCCUACUGCCGCCAGUAAGGCACUUCUUUAUGGAAGUAGUGAUAUUGUAUUUUCAUCUUAUGGUGACUAUUGGAGGCAAGUGAAGAAGAUUUGUGUUUUGGAGCUAUUGAGUCCGAAAAGGAUUCAAUCGUUUAAGCAUGUGAGAGUAGAAGAAGUCGAUGUUGUGAUAAAUAAGAUAGCUAGUUCAUGUUUGUCAAGGAAAACCGGUGCACAAGUAGCCAUAAAUCUUACUGAUAUACUGCAAACUCUGACAAACAAUGUACUUACAAGGUGUACUCUUGGUGUUAGGUUUGAAAGUGCUCAUGGAAACAGAUUCCCUAAAAUGUCAAGUGAUUAUGUGGCUAUGUUUUCCGCUUUUAGUUUUGGUGAUUUCUUUCCAUCUCUUGGUUGGAUGGAUGUUGUUACUGGACUACAUAGUAGGUUUAAGAAGGUGAUUCAAGAACUAGAUAUCUUUUUAGAUCAAGCCAUCGAUGAGCAUUUACUUCGUCAUUCCGAAUUACAAGACGAUCAAGGUCAAGUUCAAGAUAGUGACAAAUUAGACUUGAUGGAUAUUCUUAUCCUUUCUCAGCAAGAUUAUAAAACUAAUCUCUCUCGGAAUAAUAUCAAAGCAAUACUCCUGGAUAUGUUUCUUGGUGGAAGUGAUACAUCGGCAAGAACAAUGGAAUGGGCAAUGGCGGAUCUUAUAAAGAAUCCGGAAGUGAUGAGGAAAGCACAAGAUGAGGUGAGGAGAGUUGUGGGAAAGAAACCUAAGGUAGAAGAAGAUGACAUUAAUCAAAUGAACUAUUUGAAAUGUAUUGUGAAGGAAACAUUAAGACUACAUAUACCUUUACCUUUCUUAACUCCUAGAGAAACAGCUAAGAGUACCCAGUUAGCAGGUUAUGAUAUCCCUGCAAAAACAAAAGUUUUUAUCAAUAUGUGGGCAAUCCACAGAGAUUCUAACGUAUGGGACGAUGCAGAAGAAUUUCGCCCGGAGAGAUUCAUAAACAGCCAGAUUGAUUUUAAUGGUCAAGAUUUUGAGUACCUUCCAUUUGGAUCAGGAAGAAGACGGUGCCCCGGUAUAUCUUUUGGCAUUAGUAUUGUCGAGUAUACUCUUGCCAGUCUCUUGUACUGCUUCAAUUGGGAGCUUCCAGACGGUGAAAAAGCAGACGAACUUGACAUGACUGAGACUUUUGGUCUUACUGCUAGUAAGAAAACUCCUCUUCACGUUGUUCCGACGAUGUACGCAUCAUCUCAGCUCUUUGAAGAAGCAGAUGGCCGUCGUAACAGUGCUCCUAAUCCUAACUAAACCCCAGUCAACAGUGCGCAUUCAGCUCAUCAUCAUCUCAGCUCCUUUUUUUUUUGAAAUAUAUUUCUUUGUGUGCAUAAUAUAUGUAAAUAUACUAUCGGAAUAGAAGGGAGAAGGUAUCUGUAAUUAAGGAAAAGUUGUGUUCACCCAAAUUAAAGGCAGCGCAUGGAGGAUGUAUA